CAGCAGUCUGCAACGCCAGAGAAUUUUGUGCACGUGCGAUUCGCCGUCACUCUGCUCUGAACAACAUCGUCCGGUUUGUUGACCUCUCCAAAAAUGAUUCGCAAAACAGCUCGCCAAAGGCGGGAUUACCUCUAUCGCCGAGCCCUUCUCCUGCGCGAUGCCGAAGUCGCGGAAAAGCGGGCGAAGCUGAGAGCAGCGCUGGCCUCUGGCAAGCCUCUCGAUCCCCAGAUCGCCAAUGACAAGCAGCUGCGCAAGGACUACGACUACGACGUGUCCCGGGAUAUCGCCCAGGACGAGUCUCUCGACAUCGACGAUGAAUACUCGGAGCUCUCCGGCGUCGUUGACCCGAGGGUACUGGUGACAACAUCUCGAGACCCUAGCUCCCGGUUGAUGUCGUUCUCCAAAGAGGUUCGCCUGCUGUUCCCGACCGCGAUUCGGCUCAACCGAGGAAACCUCGUUCUCCCAGACCUCGUCCGGUCAGCUCAGAGCGAGCGCCUCAGCGACGUUGUCCUCCUCCACGAGCACCGCGGAACGCCCACGGCGAUUACUAUCAGCCACUUCCCCCACGGGCCUACGUUGAUGGCCUCGCUGCACAACGUAGUAUUGCGAGCCGACAUCCCUCGGUCGAUAAAGGGGACCGUCAGCGAGAGCUACCCGCAUCUCAUCUUUGAGAACUUCAAGACCCCGCUCGGCCUCCGGAUAGUCAAGAUCCUGAAGCACCUGUUUCCCCCGCGGGAUCCGACCGCCAGCAAGACGGCCGGCAACCGGGUCAUCACGUUUGUGAACCAGGACGACUGUAUCGAAGUGCGCCACCAUGUGUACGUGAGGACGAGCUACAACUCGGUCGAGCUGAGCGAGGUCGGCCCGCGGUUCACCAUGCGCCCGUUCUCUAUCACCAUGGGCACUCUGGAGAACAAGGAUGCGGACGUCGAAUGGCAUCUGAGCCAGUACACACGCACUAGCAGGAAGAAGAACUACUUCUGAGGCCCUGUCGGAGAGGAUAUUUCAUCCCAAUAUAUGCUCUCCGGGGCUGUUGUGGAAUCGGCCACAGUCUGACCUACUGGUUGACCGCCACAUGCAGUCGGAGCACAUCAUGUCGACGUGAGCGAUCCGCUAUGACGCAGGAUGCGUGACCAGACACGCCAGCUCCGUCAUGCUGAACGGGCUGCCGUAGAUUGCGUCUCAGAGACAACGGCGAUGCGACGGCAAUGGGAGGGCUGUCGAUGACGGCAAAGCUCAAGCCCGCUUCGGUUCAGCUUGGUGAUGAUGUCGACCGGACGAGCUUAAAG